AUGGGAGGGACCCCUAGGCCGCUGCGGGCGGUCGGGGCGGCCGCCGGAUUCUUGGUUGGGGGUUUCCUUGCGGUGACCUUGGGAACUGUGGCAACCUACGAGGCUGUGCGGAAACGCGACGAAGCGAGACGGGUAAUCUGCCGCUUCCUCUCUCGUCGCCCUGCUUUUGUUUUCCUCCUGGAUGUUUACUGGGCUCUUCUUUGUCUUCGUUUCCUGGUAUUCUGGAGAGGAAGUCGGCGCCGCCUUGCGGAGUCUGCAAAGGGAAGGGCUUCCAAGCCUGCAAGCUGUGCCGAGGGAGUUCCACCGUAGAGUGGUCUCCUCUGUACGACCCCAUCGCCAUCAGCCCUUGCCUCUGCCCCACAUGCGACGGGAGAAAGUAAGUGAAAUAAAACGCUCGCCGCGAUUCAAAUUUUGGGCUAACAUGGGUGCCGGUGGUGGAAGCUGACGCACCUAAGAUUUGUUUCUUGAUGCUCGUUCAUUUCUCUCGAUUGGUCUUGAGCAAAGUGCGGCCCGGCAUGCAAAAGACUGAUGCACAGCAUGAGAUCUCUCAUUGCUAUCCAUUUUGUGUUUGGGAUUGUCAAUACCGAUAUCAACUCAAAAUCUGAACAAAACAAUGCGGCAUCAUGCAGUACUUAAGGAUUGAAAUCAAAUUCAGUGAUAUGAAAUUGGCUUCCUUUCGUCUGAACUGUAGGGCCUCAGAGAUCAAGUUAGCUUCUGGUAGCCAGCAGACGUUGCUUCCAUUUUGUUUUAUGAAUAACUGGUUGAUAUCAAACUAUUACGACGUUUGAAUUCAUGUUAUUCAUCCACAUUCAUAACGUGUAUCAUACUCUGCUGAUGUUCUCUGACCAGUUCUACUCUGCGUUCUAUAUUGCAGAAUCCAGCGAUGCCUGAAUUGUAUUGGGAAGGGCUAUUUCUGA